CCGGGAGCGGCGCCGUGUGGUGGAGGAAGGUGUCCCGGGACCGUCGGGAGCAGGCUCAGCAGAGGAGGAGUGUCCAUAAGGAGAGUUUAACCUUCUUGAAGAUUAAAGCCUAGCAGUUCUGAGCUAUUCCCAGUCCAAAUGUCUGCAAAAUUGAGAGAGACAUCAAAACUCCUUCCACAAACUUCAGGGGACCCUGACUGCAUUCUGGUAAUGAAGGUGGAAGAGGGAGGGCAGGCCUGUAAUAUGGCCUCCAGCCGCCACUGGAGCAGCUACUACAGCUCAGAGACCUACCGCCAGCGGUUUAGGCAGUUUGACUACCAGGAGACACCUGGGCCCCGGGAGGCUCUGAGCCGGCUCCGGGAGCUUUGCUGUCAGUGGCUGAGGCCAGAGGUGCACAGCAAGGAGCAGAUCCUGGAGCUGCUGGUGCUGGAGCAGUUCCUGGCCAUGUUGCCUGAGGAGCUGCAGGCCUGGUUUCAAGAGAACCGACCAGAGAGUGGAGAGGAAGCCGUGGUGAUGCUGGAGGAGCUGGAGAAAGAGCAUGACAGGGCGGCUGAACAGGUCUUUCUUGGACGAAAUGAGGACAUGCUUGCAAAGAAGCUACCAACUUGUGAAAUCACUCAGGAGACACCACGUAGCCAGCUUAAGCCCACAAAAAAGCAACUGCAGUGGGCAUCGAAGGAGCUUCACACCUUAAGACAAAAUGAUAGAGACACCGGAACUGUAAAUGUGAAAUCAGCUUCAAGGCGAAAGACUUCAUCAGGCAAAGAACUGCAUUACAAAGUUUCUAACACUAUUCAAAUGAAUGCUUCCCAGAGUUUCACAUUUAGAGGAACCUGUGAACAAGAUAGAAAAAAGUUUGAAAGAAGACAGGGAAACCGUCCUCGAAAAAAACAACACAAGUGUGAUGAAUGCGGGAAAGUCUUUAGUCAGAGCUCAGCCCUUAAUCUACAUCAGAGGAUCCACAGUGGAGAGAAACCUUAUACAUGUGAUGUGUGUGCAAAGGCUUUCAGCCGAAGUGCAAUCCUGAUUCAACAUCGAAGAAUCCACACUGGGGAGAAACCCUUCAAAUGUCAUGAAUGUGGGAAAGCCUUUAGUCAGAGCUCGAAUCUUUUCAGACAUAGGAAAAAACAUGCUGGAGAAAAAGUCCCAUCAGUGCUAUGAGGGAGUCAAAGCAUUUACUGAGAACUUUUUCAACAGGGGAGCAGACACAAGGCACCAAUACUCCUUUAGUAUAAACUGGUAGUUUCAGUGGGCACCAAUUUCCUUUCAAAGGUUGUAAAAGCCACAGGAGAGAAUGUAGAAUAUUUUCUGUCAGCAUUGUUUGCUUUUCUCCUUUUCAGUACAGUGUCAGUUCAGAUGAUUGAGAUUCUAAAGCUUAAAUAGGAUUUCCAUCCCUAGUGCAACUCUUGAAAAGAUACUCUCAGACAUGUUCUACUGUUUCCAUUAUUAACACAAAUAAUGAACUAGUAUGUUCCUUUUUAGGCAAGUACAUUUGCCCUGUUGGAGUUAUUAGACCAAAGAUUAAAUCAGUUUUUUUAAAAAAAAUUUCCUGGGAAUUCUCUGGAAGUCCAGUGGUUAGGACUCCACGCUUUCACUGCUGCAGGCCUGGGUUCAAUCCUUGAUCAGGGAACUAAUAUCCUCCAAGUCACGUGGCGUGGCCAAAAAUAAUAAUAAUAAAAUAAAAUAAAUUUCCUGUUUUAUUUUCUGUUACCAGAUUCAAAAUAUGAGAAUAGGAUUGAGGAGACCCAAAAGAAUAUGUACCUCAAGACCUAAGCUGAAAUGUCCAGGGUCAUUGUUAGGAAGAAGGUGAGUAAAGGGACUUUACUCAUCUCUUACGAAAACCUGAGAACCUACAUACUGUUUGUUUCAAUUUUAAAAAUUGAGGUAUAGUUGAUGUAUAAUAUCAUCUAUACAUACUGUUGAUGAUACUAAGUAAUUUCCUGUGUAGGAAAAAAAAAUUAUCUCUCUUUUACAAUUUAUAUUGGAAAUAUCUCAGUGAAAGCAUUAAGAUUUGCUCUACAUGUCUUCAGGAAG